CCUCCCCUCACAUGUCUGGAGUGCAGUCUACUGUAUACGGGAGUAUCUGUGACUUGAUAAACGUGUAACUUUGACUUUGACUUAGUUUUAGUGAAUGCAACAACAUUUCAGGAUGGAACGGUCUGUGUUUGCGCUGCUCGGUUUUGUCCUGGUGUCCCUUUGUAAAGGACAGACAGCUCAAACUUUUUGUCAAGAAAAACCAUGCCCGGAAUUUACUUUGCUCGAGUCAAACAAAGUAAGUUAUCUGCUGAAUAUGAUUUUGAGACCCGUUUGUAUUCUGAUACGCUUUGGAUUACCACCAAAAUAGCAAGCAGGACUUUACACGGAUUGAUUGCUGCAAAUUCCAGGUUGAAUCAUUUCUGUGAGACACAGAAGCAAGCAGGUUAUACAACACCUGACACGUGGCCUGUGCUGAUCACAGUCACCAAAGAUGAAGAUGAGGAGAAUGACUUCAUGUCCUUUUUUGUCCCGAACAACACUGCCAUGGCUGAAAUCAGUGUCCCAUGUGUGAAAUUGCAAACAAGACCCGGUGGUACUGUUUAUGUCAGAAUAUUCCAUACCAUACCAAACCUAACCAGUGGACGGACAAAUAGAGAGAAGCUACGUGAGGAUUUGACUCGAGCUGGGAAGCACUUUGAUGCAAACACCUACUCUGCGGCUGCCUAUACUACCUACUGGGCACUGAGUCACUACAGCGAAAUCUGGAUGUCAGCUGUAUAAGGACCAUAUACAUCUCAUAUUAUAAAUUCAAUGAUUUGACAUCCAGAUGGAAAAUUAUGUUAAGUUACUAUUUUUACCUUGAUUCUCUUAAUUUGCCUGUUUGUCUUUUAAAAACAUUGACAAUAAUCUGCAUAACUAAGUAUGGAAAAGUUUGUAUUGUAUAAUUCACAAACUAAAAGUGUGUGUUGUGAUUGUUUUGGCCUGAAAUUUCUGCCUGUAUGUCUUCAGAACAAAACAUUUGUUUGCACGUUAUCAGUAGAUUUCUGUCAUGAACAUGUGAUUCAGAAAUGUGAUACACAUCUUGUUUAACUUGUUUCUGCAGAAGCAUGGAUACUCUCAAAACAUUCUGACAUUUCUGCAGAAGCAUGGAUACUCUCAAAACAUUCUGACAGACAACAGAAAAAGUAGUCUGCUAGACCCAAAGGAAGGCCGUAAAUUAUGGGAGGUAAAAAUAUAAAUUGUAUCAAAGCUGCUCGCAGUAUUGAAAGGACCCUUGCCCUCACUUGCACCUUGGGGUUCAUGCAAGUUGCCGGGCACGCCGGACCAGAUGCCGGUAUCAUUAGUUAGAAUGAAACUGGGAAGUCUUGAUGACUCCUAAAUCAUCUGAAGUGAAGUAAUGACAGUUUGAUGGUUUAUGGCGAGGAGCAUCUCCACACUCAUGCCCCGUCCACCCACAUGCUAUCAAUCAUCAGGCUUAACAUAAUCAGUUUGUUCAAUGUGCCCUGUAAAAAGAUGAAACUGAUUCAAUAAAGUACAUAGGAAGAUUA